AUGGAUGAUCUACUCAGAACUGGAUCGCUUGGCCACCUCCGCAACGCCCAUCCAGCCGUCCCUGAAGUACCAGAGUUCAUGGUCAGGAAAUUGGAUGACAAUACAAAUCCAGCCUUCAUGGCUACACCAGGCUCUGGAGUCAUUUAUACAGGGUCUCAAUCUUGGGUUGCAGAGUCUUCCGGACUUGAUCCUAUUGACUAUGACCAACUUUAUGCCGGUGCCAUUCAAGCACAACACACGUUCGUCAACAGAGUGAAUUUGUUGUGCUCAAAACGAAAGCUACCUCUUUUAGACCUGGCUGACGUUCAUUCAUGGUCUGAAGUUGAACAGUCAGUCUCAAAUGCUUGUGAAGCCUUGGAGGCUUUUUCUUCGAGGGACAAGAAGUAUGUUCCAGGCUUCACCGGCAAGCUGAAGCGAGCGUUUCAAAAGCUGUGUAGAAACGCUGGAGCUGGCACUAAUCUCACAAAUCUCGUUCCGACAGACUCUUAUUGCUCUGUUCUAUGCGGUGGCUUGAAGAUCAUAUUCAAAGCGCUUGAGGAGACCGACCGCUACAGAGAAGAGAUAUACAAUACUUUAGAAGAAUUACCCUUCAUACUGAACGAUAAUGCUUCUUUCAUGAGCCUAAAUCUUGCAGACGAGGAUCUGCAUAGACGCGCAGCUGCUAUAUAUGCGGCUAUCUUUGGACUGAUGGAGGUUAUUAUAGAUUGGUUCCUCAAGCGCUCGCUGGUAACGGGGGUCAAACUAUUUGCAAAUCCCACUGGGUUCUCUGAUAAGUUAAAGAAUCAAAUGGCCUUGGUAAAGGUAGCGGCACAGAGAUUUACUACUCGCGUUGCAAUACUAUCAACGGAGAAGCAAGAAGGCUUGUCGCAGCAAAACCUUACUCUCAUGUAUGGCCUCGGUAAACACUCAGAACAGGUCAUGGCAGAGUUUGGUGACAUACGAUCUCGGCUUCGGGUCCUGGACAAGUUGACAGAGUUCUUUGAUGUUACAGCAAAGGCAGAACUUGAACGUCAGCAGGUUCGAUUACAGAGAGAGGAAGUACCUCGGAUUCAGGAACCUGCAGUCACUGUCGAGGAUGUAUUAGCGAAGUGGUGCUAUGAACCCGAUCUUGUGCAUGACGACUGCACAAAGAUACUAAGGUUACAGCACAUUCCGGGAUAUGAUCUUGACCGGGAUCUUGUCACCACCAUCAAACUUCAUCCACUGUUUCAAUCAUGGCUGACGCUUGAUGAAUCGUCAAUUCUUUUUAUUGAUACGAGAUCUCACAAUCCUACCGGCAGUUUGGAGAUGCCUAUUGUCGCCGCUGAAACCUACCGCCGGUUAGACAACUUUAUCAAUCAACGUGAUCGAGAAGCCCACGAUGAUGCCGCUCAAAUCAUAUGUUUAGCAUUUUUCGCCAGUCAGCAUAGAGAUAUAAGCAGAGAUCCAAACGCCAGCCCAAAUGAGCUGGCGAUGAGUCUCUUACUGCAGCUUGUCGACCACUACCAAGACUUUAACGGAGAUGAUCUAGACCUUGUUGAAACAGAUGUUGAUCCUCACGAUAUCGAAACAGUCUUGUUUGUGUUCGAGAACCUUGUUGCUCAGCUAUCACAAAACACGAUCCUGAUCCUCAUCAUUGACGACUUGAACCCUUUCACGCAGCCUUUGUCACGAAAGAGGGGUAUGAUGUUGGUUAUAGAGACACUGUUGGACAUUCACCGCAACGGCGAUUAUAUGGCGAAGCUCAAGUUCAUAUUUGGAAACUCAUCUCGCAACGACUUUAGUCAUGGGAUAUUCACAGAGGAUGAAACCUUGAGAAUAUGGCAGUCUGAUGCCACUAUACCUAUCAGUGAGCGUUUGGAUGACUGGACUUAG